AUGCUCCGCGACUCCGUCACCUUCCUCCCCCUCAAGGACCUGCGCUUCGCCGACACGCCCAUGUCGGGCCACACGUGGUUCAUGAGCUCCAUGAACGACACCUUCGACGACGGCGAAGCCGAGUACUUGCACUUCCCUUCGAAAGCCUCCGCUGGCCGCGUGCUCUGCCUCGUCGCCCGCGACGUCUCCGACGGGGCCAAGAACUCGUACGCGCUGGCGUGGCCCGAGGCCUUGCCCCACGGUGCCACGCUUUACCCGGGCCUCGCGUUCGUCUCCGACACGUACUACGACUACGCCAACCUGUUCCACGGGCUCGUAGCGGUAGCUCCCUUCGCGGCGUGGCACCAACGGAGGCGGUGCGUGGUUCCGGCUCGCUGGGUACUGUUCCAUCGGGGCGAGCUGCGCACCGAGAUGGGCCCGUGGGUGCACACGUUGGCGGAGACCGCUAUCGGGCGCGCGGCGAUAGAAGGGUUCGAAGGAGCUGGCGGGGGACCGGCGUGCUUCGAGGAGGCGGUGGUGUUCCGGCACAGCAUGGGGGUGAUGUCGCGGGAGCGGGCGGAGGAGGUCAUCGACGUGAUGCGGUGCAGGGCACGAGCACACUGCAACGUCGAAAACACGGAGGGCGCAUUUGGAAAUUCGAAGAGGUUUUCGAUUCGAAUCACGCUUCUGCUGAGGACGGGGGCGAGGUCAUUCAAGAACGAAUCGGCCGUCGUUGCAAUUUUCGAGGCGGAGUGCCGGAAGGUGGAUGGGUGCAGUGUUAAGGUGGAGAGGCCGGACAACUUGACGUUCUGUGAUCAGGUGAAGCUACUGAGCGAGACAGACAUACUGGUGUCGCCCCACGGGGCUCAGAUGACGAACAUGAUCUUCAUGAACAAGAACAGCAGCAUAAUGGAGUUCUUUCCGAACGGAUGGAAGGAGCUCGCCGGCGAGGGGCAGUACGUUUACCAGUGGGUCGCCAACUGGUCGGCAAUGCGGCACCGGGGCUCGUGGUAUGACCCCGAGACCACGCCGUGCAUGACGGGCAACGGUCGCGAGACACAAUGUUCGUCCUACAAGAGUCGCCAGAUCGGGCACGAUGAGGCCUACUUCACGCAGUGGGCUGCCAGGGUUCUCCGGGAGACGAAGGAGUAUAAAUUGGCUGCAGCAGCAUCGGCGGCAAACAGCGAAGUACAGCAGAGAUCAACUUCAUGCCAGUGUUUGCAAGCCUAA